CUUCUCUGCGUGCAUUGGAAACAUAACUGUAACCGUUUCAGACUGUGCUUAGAACGAAGGGUUUGGCGUGAUGGUGGAAAAGCCCUCUUAGAUCCAAAUUUGAGCCAACCUGAAUCUCACGUUUUGUCACGUUUCACACAGAAUCAAAACCUCAACAACAUAGUCUUUCAUUUCCACUAUUUCUGGAUUUAGAGUAAGUUUAUCUUCAUGUGAAGCGAAGGAGGUGUCACGUGUUGUGUUAACUGCAGUUCUCCCCGCUGCAAUUGGCUGUGAUUGAUGAGAUGGCAUUUCUGUGACAGAAGCGGGUCUUAAAUGGCUGUGACACGGGGUGUCAGAUGACACGUGAUGUGGCGCAUGUCCAUGACUAGCUCGAAGGCUCUUAUUAAACACAACUCUGCUAGUUUUAAAGAUGGACCGAGUCUGUAGAUGAAGCGAUCAUGCCUUUAAGCGGCGCUCGCUCGGAGCUGCAGAAAUAGGCCGAACGCUCUGUUUACAAGCUUGGUGCUUUCAACAGCUUGUAACGCCCGCUUCUCCACACAUACUGCUGAAUUCAAAGUACGGAUACCGUUCGGAAACCCGGUCCCCCUGAUUCGGUACAAAAUGAUGCCAGAACACAUUCCGCUUGAUUUCCUGUAACUCUAUCCCGCCGGGGUAAAAAUAUUAGCAGAAACUCUAGACGUCUCCUGCUGGAGGAGUUUGCAGGCUGUUCCACCUCGCUCCGUCCUGGCAUGCAUGCAGAUUGUUGUUUUUUAUGCAUUGACCAGCGGCAGGGCUUCAGGGUGUUGGAGGUGGGGUUCUUGCGAAACCGCAGAAGGCGCAGCUGAUACGCCAGAGGAGAGGUUUCUCUCUGCUUGGAACAGUUGCCUCUGUGAGGCUCAGCUGGUGAUGGUAUAGUACUCUCUGUUACCCGCUGUUUUUAUGUUGCGUUUGACCUCACAUGGCCGGUAGCUUCUGAAGAGCUUCGGGAGGAAUGCCGCUUGUCACCGCUGCUAUUUUGGCUAUGCUGAGCUGCUAAUGAUUGGGACCGGGAGCUGCGCUGUGCUGCUCUCUUGCUUCUUUUAUUUCUUAUUUUAUUCCACGAGACGGUUUUCCAUGUCGUGUGUUCCUCCGGACCCUGUGUACUAGGACCCUCGACCGCAUGGCACGACAACUGCGAUUGCAUUUCGCCUCGAGGCGAAGCAACACGGACCCUCUGUCAGAGAGCUGCAGUCGUGUUGAGGACUGCACGCUGACUGCUGGCGGCCGGAGCUCCGCUGAAGGACUGGCGUGCAGCUCCGUUCACGUGAAGGUGACUCCAGGACAGCUGUCCCUGGCCUUGCCACCCUUGUCACCAGAGUACGGCAAUUUACAACACCACUCCACUGUAUUUAUUCCCAAGGUAAACGGAAGCAGAAAAAGCACGCUGCAGGUCUCUUUGCAGCCCUGCAAACAGAGCGGCGACACAGAGGAGGGAGAGAUCGCGACCUGCGAAGGCGGCAACGGGAACUCGUAUGAUGGAGGCUCUUGUAGCAGCAGCACGGCGAGCGAUGCAGGUUACUGCAGCAGCAGCAGCAUCUUCGAAUCGGACGUCCCAGAGCGCAAGACGGCUCAGGACAGGGUGGUCUCGCGGCGGAAGGCGAGGGCACCCCUGCGUCGCUGCUCUUCCCUGGUGAUUUUCCCACGGAGCCCCUGCACCACGCCGCCGGCGUCCCCCGUCAGUCCCGUAGCGUCUCCCAUGAUCCCUCCGCUUCCUCCAUCAGCACGAGGGUCCUUUCAGACGUCGCAUCAGAUGCAGCUUUCCAGCGCCGAUACGGCGCACGAUGACGCGUCAAAGGGAUCCGUCGCCACUGCGGUCAAUGGUCUGCGGAUGUCCAAAAGCAGCUGCACGUCUGCCGAGCACAGAGACGCCAAAUCCAUCGUGCAUUUCAGCAUGCUGCCGGAACCGGAGCGAACGGAAAGACACUCCAGUGCUUUACUGCGACUUCCUUUAGGGAAAGCCAAGACGAAACAUAACGUUGACUCUUCCAAACCUCCCGACUGCCCUCAAACAGACAACCAGCCUGAAGCUCAGAAGGUGAAGCUUUUCCGCAGCACCUCAGCCUGUAUGCUGCCCAGCGGAAGGUCGGAAAGAAGACACGAUACCUGUCCGACCGGCAGUAAUUCAGAAAAACCCUCAAAAAAAGACUACCGGCAUGUUCUUCACAGGAGCAUUUCUUUGGAGGUUCCCUGUGCUAACACGGAGAUAUCUUGUCACGUUUCGAAUGCGGCACACGUACACUCCAUGAGCGGCCCGCCGCACGUACACAUCCAUGUGUCUCACGGCACCAAUCCAAAAAAAACCAACAACAACGCAAGCGACCAAACGAAUGAUGAUCCAACCUGUGUGGAGAGAAGAGCAACAACGAGAGAUGACUUUCUCGGACAGGUGGAUGUUCCUCUCCAUCAGAUCCCAACUGAAAAUCCAAAUGCUGAAAGACCCUACACCUUUAAGGACUUUCUCCUGCACCCGAGAAGCCACAAGUCCCGGGUGAAAGGUCAUCUCAGACUGAAGAUGACUUACCUGCCCCAAAACAACGAUACAGAGGACAAUCCGGCUGAACAGAACGAGGGUCUGGAUCCUGGUUGGGAGCUUCUGGAGCAGAAUGAGUUGUUCAGUCCACAUCAUCCUCAUCAGCUGCCUGCGCUGCCCCCUGGCUGGGAGGAGAGGCAGGACAACUUGGGACGAACGUACUAUGUGAACCAUGAGAGCAGACGCACUCAGUGGCACCGACCCACAAUACAAGACUGUCAGACAGAGGACGAGCAGAGACAGGACUGCAACACUGAGUCUCAGCGGGCCUUUCUCACACGCAGACAGAUAUCUGAACACAACGAGCAGAGAGAGUCACCAGAGAGUUGGGAGAUCAUAACAGCAGAUGACAGCACACUGUAUAGCAGUCUCAGCGAGCGUUCACCGCCUCCUCCUCACUCACCCAUGGAGUUCACAGGAUUCUGUGAAGAGUUCAACAGAUUUCAGCUGGGGGGCGACAGACGCACAUCACUCACGGGUCACGGCAGUCGCAGAGGAAGUGGACAGAACCUCACAGUGGAAGAACAUCCCAUUCACCCUGUGUUAUUGCCCACCUCUGUCGGGUUGCCUCCGGGAUGGGAGGAGAAGAAGGACAGUAAAGGGAGGGUUUAUUUCGUCAAUCACAACAGCAGGACAACCACCUGGACACGUCCACUCAUUCAGCUCAUACAGCCGCCAUCAGAGACGGCGGCGGGCAACACUUUGACCCCGUCCCAGAGUGCCUCAGUCUACGCUCCGCCCCUGAUCUCCCCGGAGGCGUCCCCGCAGCACGCACACACACCGGAGCACACGGGACUGAUCCCGCAAGGCUGGGAGAUUCGCAGCGCUCCGAACGGGCGGCCGUUCUUCAUAGACCACAACACUAAGACCACCACAUGGGACGACCCCCGACUGAAGGUUCCCGUGCAGACGAGGAGGAGAGUCUCUCUUGACCCCACUGACCUCGGCCCGCUGCCGCCCGGUUGGGAGGAGAGGGUUCACAGUGACGGCAGAAUCUUCUACAUCGAUCACAACACAAAAAACACACAGUGGGAAGACCCGAGACUGCAGAACUCGGCCAUCACUGGUCCUGCUGUGCCGUACUCCAGAGAUUACAAACAGAAGUAUGAAUACUUCCGUAAGAAACUGAAGAAACCGUCAGAUAUCCCAAACCGCUUCGACUUGAACGUGAGACGGAACGCUGUCCUGGAGGACUCGUACCGCCGGAUUCUGUCCGUCAAACGUCCGGAUCUGCUGAAGGCCCGCCUCUGGGUGGAGUUUGAGGGCGAGAAGGGGCUGGACUAUGGAGGCGUGGCUCGGGAAUGGUUCUUCCUCAUCUCCAAAGAAAUGUUUAACCCGUAUUACGGGCUGUUCGAGUAUUCUGCCACAGAUAACUACACACUACAGAUAAACCCAAACUCUGGUCUGUGUAAUGAGGACCACCUGUCGUACUUCAACAUCAUCGGCCGGGUCGCUGGAAUGGCCGUUUAUCACGGGAAGCUGUUGGAUGCGUUCUUUAUCCGGCCCUUCUACAAGAUGAUGCUGCAGAAGGUGAUCACAUUACAGGACAUGGAGUCUGUGGACGGCGAGUACUUCAAUUCUCUCAAAUGGAUCCUGGAGAAUGACCCCACAGAUCUGGACCUGAGGUUUACCAUCGACGAAGAGCUCUUUGGACAGACACACCAGCACGAGCUGAAGCCGGGAGGAGCAGACAUCGUCAUAGAUGACAGCAACAAAAAGGAGUAUAUUCAUCUGGUGAUACAGUGGAGGUUUGUAGACAGAAUCCAGAGACAAAUGACGGCAUUUAAAGAGGGAUUUUAUGAGCUGAUCCCUCAAGACCUGAUCAAGAUCUUCGAUGAGAAUGAGCUGGAGCUGUUGAUGUGCGGUUUAGGUGACGUGGAUGUCAACGACUGGAGAGAAAACACUAAAUAUAAAAACGGCUACAACCAAAAUCAUCCUGCUAUCAUCUGGUUCUGGAAGACUGUUCUGUUGAUGGAUGCGGAGAAGAGAAUCCGUUUGCUGCAGUUUGUGACGGGCACGUCUCGUGUACCAAUGAACGGCUUCGCUGAGCUUUACGGAUCCAACGGGCCGCAGUUGUUUACCAUCGAGCAGUGGGGUACGCGUGACAAACUGCCCCGCGCGCACACAUGUUUCAAUCGACUGGAUCUUCCUCCGUACGAGACGUUCGAGGAGUUACGUGAAAAACUGCACAUGGCCAUCGAGAACGCUCAGGGUUUCGACGGCGUGGACUAGAUUCAGACAGCGUUACCAUGGCAACAGCCUCACGACUGCCAGUUUUAAAAGAAGACGGCGCACGAGCGAAACGAAGGAUGGAGGACAAACUGACCUGAGAGCAGUAUCAGCAGGAGACAGAACGAAUGUGCUGUUACAAAAGCUGAUUUAGGGACAUCUGAUUUGUCCUCUGGCUCUGUAUCACAAGCUUGUUUGUUUGUGAUGUUUACAAAAUGAUGUUUUGUAUCGUAUCUCUGCACACAGCUAUUUCUAAAUAUCUAUAGAUUUGAUUGUAUAUAUGCAUUUCAGCAUAAUAAAUAUUUAUGAUACGUGCUUUUGACUUGCGAAUUAUAGUUAUAAGAGUCGUGCAGCAUUUGCCAGACAGGGUCUACUGAAGAUAUCCUGUAAUGCAGGAAACGAGACCAUUAAUAUUCGUCGUGUGUACAAACAAUGCCAUCCUAUUGUUACUCUGAAGUAGAAUUUAAGUGCUAUCUGCACAGACAAACACAUAUCUGUGUCUUUUCUCAAUAUUAUAUCUUAAUUGGUACCUUUUCUGACUUCGACUUUACGUUUACAUCUUUUUUAUGUUUACAUCAUUACAGACACCCCACUUUAAAAAAAAUAAUGCUGGUUGUUUUUUUUACUGAUUUUGAUGUUUGACGCACUUUUCUAAAAGUUCAAGUUUUAAGUCUUAUCGGUAUAUCGCCUCUGUCGAGCUAUAUCGUGAUUUUGUGACAAGUCAUCGCUUUACUGUAUAUCAUUUCCUAAAUGUUUACAGCAUAAAUAUUGCUUAAAGUAAGCACACUUUGUCUCGCAACAAACACGUUGGACUGUUAAAUAACUUUGCCUUUAUUUGUAAUAUAAAUGAUUUGAUUCAGUGUCCCAAAGAACAACUUUAUCCUUUAAUGGACAAACACUUGUAAUGUCUAUACUAUUGUAUAAUUAAAGGCUACUAUAUGAACGCUUAUUGCAUUUCUACAGAUGGUCAAAGCAUUUUUGGCAGUGAAGAGAGAACUUUCUGAGAUUCUUUUCUAUUAAAGUUUUAAGUUUAAAAGUGUCUUUAAAUGGACAGUUCACUCAAAAAUGAAAAUUCUGCCGCCGUUAACUCACCCUCAAGUUGUUUUAAACCUGUAUAAAUGUCUUAGUUUUGUUAAACAUAAAGGAAGAUAUUUGGAAGAAUGUAUGUAACCAGCUUCUUCUCCCACAUUUACUGCCAUAGGAGCGAAAAUAAAUACAAUGGGAGUCAGUGUAAUGAGCUCUGUUUUGUUACUGGCAUUCUUUAAAAUGUCUUUGUGUUCAGCAGAAUACAGGAAUUUGUACAGGUUUGAAACUAUAAGUAAAUGAUGACAGAAUUUUCAUUUUUGGGUGAACUGUCCCUUUAAUGUCAAAGUAGAUUGUGCUGAUUUUAUUUGUCAUGCCAAUCUUUACGCUUUGUAUUUUUUGAAAAAUAAAAGAGCAAAUCUUC